UAUCUGCCUGCAUAUGUAGCUAGAAAUUGGUGGAGGCGGUACUUUGCUGGUAUUUGUUUUGCGUUUUAUUGCGUUUAUGCUUUGCUGGCGAUAGGGAUCGAAUCCGUCCAUUCAUCAGCAUCAAUGGUUUAUCAACCAAACUCACCUCCAAAGGCCUUUAACCUAUUCAUUUCCGGCGGUGUUUUCUCUCCAAGUUUUAUGACUCAGUAUCGUGCUAUGCUGCACCCAGCAACGGCUGUGAUGUAGCGGCCGCGGCGCCGGCCCCGCCCAUGUGCCUUGCGUCGUGCCUUGCGUCGUGCCGCGGCGGCGCUCGGCGGCGCCCAGUCGUCGGCCGCGCCUGAGAGGGAGCACGCGCGCGGGCAGCGAUGGUGGCGCGCGCCGCCGUCAUGGAGCACGACGAGCUGGUGCGUGAGAUGACGUUGGUCGAGCAGCUGACCACGCAGGAGCGGCUGAAGCUGGCGCGCAAGCGGCGCAAAGAGCAGCUGCGCCUCUUCUUGGCGCGUGAGAAGGAGUGGACCAGCAAGCGGCGCAAGAGUGAGGAGAACCGCGGCCAGCGGCGGCGCCAGCUGGACGGCCGCAUCCACUUCGUCGACGGCGUGGUGCUUCUAGAGGCGGCCGCCCGCAACGAUGUGGAAGAAGUGCGACGACUGCUGGAGUCAGGCGUGGACCCCGACUCGACCAACGAGGACGGCCUGACCGCCCUGCACCAGUGCUGCAUCGACGACUCGGAGGCCAUGAUGGCGGUGCUGCUGGACCACGGCGCCAACGUGAACGCCGAGGACAGCGAGCGGUGGACGCCGCUGCACGCGGCAGCCACCUGCGGCCACCUGCACCUGGUGCGACACCUGGUGGAGAGAGGCGCCAACCAUGCUGGCGCUCGUCAGAAUGGUAACGAGGCUCGGCUGGCCGCCAGCAGCGGCUCGUCAGGGCUGCGGCAGCGGCCGCCGGACCGGCUGGAGGAGCGCGUCCAGCAGCACGCCACGCCGCUGCACGUGGCAGCGGCUAACGGCUACCUGUCGGUGGUGGAGUUCCUGCUGGAGAGCCAGGUGUCGGUGGGGCCGCGCGACAGGGACGACUGGCAGCCGAUUCAUGCCGCCGCCUGCUGGGGGCACCCGCGCGUGGUCGAGCUGCUGUACGAGCACGGAGCCGACCUCACCGCCAAGACCAAGAACGGCGAGACGGCUUUCGACGUAUGCGAGGACCCCGAGAUUCGGGAGCGGCUGGAGCAGCUGAGGACCGAGCAGGAGCUGCGUCGCUCCACGGACGCGCAGCUGGCGCGCGUGCGCCGCACCCAGUCGACCAAGCACUCGAUCCGGCGCACCUCCAUGCGCCAGAAGACGCUGACGCCGAAGAAGGACGUCAAGGAGGAGGCCCGCAUCCGGCUGGGCGUGGAGGGCUCCCUGCAGUCGGCGCUGGGCGACUCGAACCGCUCCCUGGAUUCGGGUCUGCUCGACCUACAGGACAUCACCAUCCAGAUUCCGGACCGACUGGGCGGCAACAGGACGGCGGAGAACGGCGGCGUCACCGUGUCGGACGGCAAGACCAACGGCCACCAGGUCAACAACAACGACCAGCCGCCCAGCGACGGCAAGAAGCGCUCGCUAGACAGCGGCUCGUCGCUCGACUCCAGUAAGAUCGACAUCCACGUGCACGUGACGGUGAACACGGGCGGCCCCGAGCGGCCGCCGCCGUACUCUGCCGAGCCGCCGCCGCCGCCGCCC